GCUGAAGCCUGGGGGCGAGCUCGUCGCGUGUGACGAGAACCUUACUGGGACCACAUCUUCCAAGCUAGACGUGAACCUCCUGCCGCAGGAGGCCAUCAACAUCCGCAUCGGCACCAUCAACCUCGCCAGCUGGUGGCGCCACCGGGAUGCUGCACUGAGGGCGGCCACGGAGCUGGGCGUCGACAUUCUUGCGUGCCAGGAGUCCCGCAUCAACGAGUACCAGAUGGCCUCCCAGAUCGCCGAGUGUACCAAAUCUGGUUGGCACAUGCUCCCGGGUACUGUGUCGGACUGCCCUGGGCAGGCCAGCCGGGGGAUCCCUGCAGGGGGAGGUACAGUCGUCCUUACUUCUAACAUGUGGCGCCCUGCCUGGCGCGCAGGCGCUCGCUUCCCUGGAGGCGAGGCUUCUGUCUACACCGUGCACCGCAACGACACGUUCUUCUGGCUCGUCAACCUGCACCGCCGGUGCACUGCGGACAUGGACGCCACAGAUGACUUCAAGACAUGGUUGUUGGAACAAGCUGCAGCCAUACCAGCCUGCGACACUGUUGUUUUCGCUGGCGACUGGAAUGUUGAGGCCGACUCGCCUUUCAGCGUCGAGUUCGACACGACUCUCAACUAUCGCUUCCUAUUUCCUCCGGAGGCCAGUCGAUGGCCAGGGCCCCGCAUCGAGGCCAUCGACUACUUCGCUAUCCGUGCAGAUUGGGCGCCCCUCGCAUCCUCGGUGUUCUGUGUGUCACAUCACAUUUCGGAUCAUGGGCUCGUAUUGCUGGACAUGCCCAUGCUCGUGGACACGUCCCCCAGCACAGGUAACAGGCAGCCCUACCACUGGGCCAAGCUACGCCGGUACCUACGACCGGACACUUUCCAGAAUGAUGAAGUGAAAAUGGCGGCUUGGCUGGAUACGGCGGAGCUGUUCUGGAAUGACAAUAUGGGGAAUUAUGACAGACAUACUGGGAUGGAGGAGUAUGGCGACAUGGACUCUUGGUGGCAGGCGUGGUCAGAGGCAUCUGAGGCCUGCUUGCAGCACAUGCUCGUCCUCAACCCCCCGACCACUAUGCCGAAAGGCGACUGGAAACACAAAUGCCGAGUGCAAGAAAAACCUGAACUUGGGGGCGGCCCUGUAUCCAAGACUAGCUGUGUUGAGGACCGGCUCCGACGCUUCAUCCAGGUCGCCCGGGAGCUUGGCCUGAAGUGGCAGCGGGGCCUCGCCACUGAAGCAGGCAUGCUUGCCAGCGGCCUUGGGCUGACCGGCGCCCGCCAGCAGAAACUCGACCAGGCGCAUCAGCGUCUCCAGCACGAAUCGAAUGUCUCCCGGAGGGAGAGGAUCUCGGCAUGGAAGCGCCGCAUGAAGAUCGACCCCGGCGGCUCUGCUGUAUACAAGUGGAUCCGAGGAGCACAGUGGCGGCCAACGGACGCAGCGGUCAGAAUCAAGGAUAAGCUUUUCACUGGCGCUGGGGCUGCACAUGCCGUCCGUGAACACUACCAGCAGCAUUAUCAGGCCUGUGGGAAUGGCAACAAGAUCAACGACGUCAUGUACGAGUUCUGGGAGGAGCUCGACACUUUCAAGAGCAGGAUCGCCGCCAGGGACCAGGCGGAGAGCGUAUGGAGGGAGCCGACUGGGGUUCUGGAUCGUUUCCCACUAUCUGGGGUCAACGAGCUCAGGCGCGCCCUCAAACCCAUGAGGGGCAAGGCUUGCGGCGUUGACGGCUGGUCUGCCGAUGAGGCUUUGCUGCCGGACUCGGCCCUCGAAUCUCUCAUCAAUUGUUUUGCUAAGAUCGAAGAGGGCGCCCGACCGCCGACCGACUGGUUGAAGUGGCGCCAAAUCCAUAUCCCGAAGGACAGCGGACGCGGCACCCCAGAGGUCGCCAGGCUCCGCCCCAUCAGCAUCGCCUGCGUUUGGUGGAGGGCGUGGGCCAGAUUCCGCGCCGGGCAGAUUGCGGAGUUCUUGAAACCCAUGUGGCCGGCCGGGCAGGCCGGCGGCAUCCCAGGAGUCACGAUUGAACAUAUCAUCGAGCCUCUUCUCUCGAGUAUUGACGAGACCCGUAGCAAUUGGUUAUGGCAGCAAUGCGGCACGGACGCAGAGCACCUCACUGUUCCAGGUCAUGCUGAGCUCCACGUGGCCUCGUGGGACUUCGAGUCUGCGUUUGAUCGCGUCGACACCAUGCUCACGACUGAGAUUUUCGAGUACCUUGGGGUGCCUCUUCACGUUUCACGUGCUAUCCGAGCUUUUUGGACAGACCAGUACAAAUACAUAGAGGUUGGCACGUACGUCGACCCACAAUUCGUCCAUGUAUCAAGGAGCCUUGCCCUGGGGGACCCUUUGAGCAUGCUCGCCAUGGCUGUGUUGUUAGCACUGCCGCAUCAUCGUGCGCAGAGGCAUGCGCCGUCGGCCACGAGCGCGCUCUACGCAGACGACCGGACCACCAUCACCAGAGAUGUUCGUACCAUGCAGGUUGUUCAGCGGGUGUGGCAAGUUUUUGAGUCUUUGACUGCUAUGUGCACAAACCCCAAAAAGACACAGACCAUCGACUUGUUCCCAGGUGCCCGCAAACUCCCCUCCGAGGAGAUGAAGGUGCUCGGGGCCAAGAUGACCCUCCACGGCAAGCCCAGCACUGAGGACGAGGCCCCUGCGAUCCGGAUCCUUCAGCAGCGAUGCCCGCGCAUUCGUUCACUACCAUUCCCGUGGUGGCAGAAGAGAAGAUUGAUGCCCUGUGCUUACGCCCGGCUGCACUGGGUAGCUGCGCGGUCGCCUCCGGGCAAGAUCAAGAUCCAGAAGUGGCAGUCCUACAUCGACCACGCCGUCCUCGGAGGCAGGUGGCGCUCGGGUUGUCUCCAUCUCAGACACUUGCUGGUCACAGGGCGCUCUUGCUGCAUCCUCUACAGAAUUAUUUCGCGUCUGUGGGUGAUCUGGCGGGCCCGGUACAAACGGCGGGGAGCAGUUGCAAUCGAUUACCUUGCCAAGGUCGCGGAGGCGCCUGCCCCGACUGCAGUGCGUCGUCUCACGCGCCACCGUGGCCCCACCGCCAUGCUCAACGACUUGAUGCACCAGUUGUCUCUCAGCUUCUGCGAGCACAACAAUCAAAAGGGCUGGCACGGCUGGCUGGGAGACGAUCCAAUCAGUAUUGGUCCAACAUUCUCCACCAAGGUGGCGCAGCAUCUGGCGCGGCUUGCACUGCGGCGUUCGUGGUGGGACGCAUUCAAGGGCAUGCGGCGCAAGGACUCGCUGCUGGCCGCGUCCGCGCGGGUCAGCUUCGCCCCGCAGGCCCUGGCGCUGCUUCACGAUCUAAUCAAGAGCGAUCUUGGGAGCCAUGCGAUCGCUGUUCUCACGGGUGCUGUUUGGAGCACUGCCAAGUAUGACAAGAUCCUCAACGGGGCAUCUGCCUGGGUUCGUGCAGCGCGCCCUGCGGAGUAUCUCGCGUGCCAGAUGAAGUGCGACUCGAUCCGCGGCAGGCACGACGGCACUGUCGAGGUCGACGGGGACUCCUUGGUGAUCGACGGCCACAAGGUGGCGCUGUCGCACACCCGUGAUCCGGCAGAGAUCCCCUUCAAGGAGCACGGCGCGAUCCAGCCGCGCCUCAAGGCGGGCGCGAAGAAGGUCGCGUUCUCGGCCCCGGCCAAGGACGACAGCCACACCAUAGUGAUGGGCGUGCACCAGGACACCUACAAGAGUGACAUGGACUGCGUCUCGGGCACUUCGUGCACCGCCAACGGCCUCGCCCCCACGGUGAACGCUGUCAGCGACGCGUUCGGCAUCAAGCGGGGCCUGAUGACCACCAUCCACGCCAUGACCGCGGCUCAGCCAACCGUGGACGGGGCGUCGAAGAAGGCGGUGGCCAGGGUCGUGCCAGAGGUGGCGGGCAAGCUCACCGGCCCGGCUGUCCGCGUGCCCACCAUCGACAUGACGGUCGUGGAUCUCACUUGUGAGCUGGAGAAGGCGACGACCUACGAGGAGCUCUGCGCCGAGAUCAAGAGGCGUUCGGAAGGCGACAUGAAGGGUUUCCUGGGCUACUGCGACGAGGCCCUCGUGUCCACCGACUUCGAGACGUGCCCUAUCUCCAGCGCGUUCGAUUCCAAGGCGGCCAUCAUGCUGGACCCCACGUUCGUGAAGCUCGUGGCCUGGUACGACAACGAGUGGGGCUACUCGUGCCGUGUCGUUGACCUGAUCAAGAGCUACGCGGGCCUCGAAGGCACCCUGAUGGCCCCCUGGCAAGACUCGGGGUGCUUUCCGAUGGCUGGGGCCGCCAUGGAGCGUCGGUCAGUGAAG